CGACAUGGACAUCGCACUAUGGCGACCAUCACACUUUGCGCGAGCAGCGUGCUAAGCGUGAUGCAGCAGAUACCGUCGGCCUAGGUCGAAUUUCUUCGUCUCUUCCACGUUUCACCCGAAAGAGCCGCCAGCCAUGAUCGACCACAAGCAAAUAUUGUCGCGCCUGACGCUGCGCAAGCUGGAAAUCGAGGCCGCCAUCGGCGCGCAGCAGGAGAUACUGAACGCCAACUCGGUUGGCAUGGACGAACCCCUGGUCGACAACGAAGGCUACCCGCGCUCCGACAUCGACGUCUACAAGGUGCGUCACGCGCGUCACCGCAUCAUAUGCCUCCUGAACGAUCACAAGGCGAUCAUGAAGGACAUCGAGAAGAGCCUGCACAACUACCACGCUCAGAUGUCGCGAAACGCCGCCUCCGAGAACGGCGGGGGCCCGGCGACGUCGUCUGCGGCGCACCACGAGAACGCCGCGACGCCGUCGCUACCGUUCGCGGUCGUCGCUAAGGUCGAGAACGGCUCGCCCGCCGACGUGGCGGGCCUAUACGCCGGCGACAAGAUCGUCAAGUUCGGCUCCGUCAACGCGGGAAACUUCAAGGACGUGACUGACAUCGCCUCCGUCGUGCAGCACAGUGUGGGCAGGCCCGUCAACGUGGUCGUUAAACGCAACGCCGAUUCCGUGUCUCUCGUGCUGACGCCCAAACAGUGGCACGGCAAGGGACUGCUCGGAUGCAUGGUCCUUCCAAUGUCGUGAGAAAAAAAAAAUCGCCCCGUGGUCCUGCUUAGUGACGGCGGACGAAAGCUCUGAAGGAAACUCUACGGUCUAGAAGCAACGGGCACUGCGUGUCGUAUUCAUCUAGCGUGUGUAAUUUGUAGACCAUGAAAUUAAAAGCGCAGCUGAACAGUGAACACAUGUACUGAUCUAAGAGCAAAAAUUCUCUGUUGUAGGCACUUUCAUAGUGUUCAGUGUAACCCCUCUUGCCAUACUGAACAGUUGUCAAGAAGCUCUGCGAAGGAGCAACGCGAAGGAUAGGCUCAGUACUUAUCGAGAACACUGAUCACAUCGAUUAUCAGCAAUGUGACUAUGCGCUCUUUUGGAACAGCAACAAACUGACGCAGUGUGCACCAAUAAAGAUGAAGAAUUGAAGCCAUGAAUGAGAA